CUCACGCGACUUGUUCGCAUGAACGCGAGGGCCGUUCCCGUUCGCGUGUUCGGCGACUUUUUCGCACGUUCGGCGUCUCUCGAUUGUGCGAGUGCGGUGCGUAGGGACGCGUACAAAUUUUCCUUGACGUCACCGUCGUCGUUGCGUCGGCUCUGCUCAGGUGGAACCGUGCGACCGACGAUUGCGUGAUACGUGAAUUUAAUUGGCGACCAUAACCUCGCAAAAUCGCGAUAACUCGCUCGAUCGCGCUCUCUUUCUACCUCCCUCUCCCUCUCUCUCUCUUCACUACGGAAAAAGAAAGAGAGAAAGAGAGAGAAAGAAAGACGUCAAUUUAACGACGACGAAAAAGAAGUCCAGUUACGUCGCUCUCGCGGCUGCCGAUUGCCUCGAUAUUCGGCUUCGAUAUAUUCCGCUUAAUCCGCUUGAUAACGAGUCUCUAGAGAACAGAGGGAUGCCACGUAGCAAGCGAAGAGGGCCCUCCAGCACAAAUCACAGUCAUACUCCCAUUGAUAUGUCAGUGUCUGGUGCACAUGAAGACAGUUUACCUAGGCAUCCUUCAAAACGGUUAAGACAUACCUCUAGUGCCAGACGAUACACAAAAUCUGAUGAUGUAUCCAAUGCUUCAACGUUCUCCCAAAAACGCUGUGUCACUUGGUUCAGAGAAUACACUACACCAGAUGAUACAGACACUCUCGGACCCGAAGGAAUGGAAAAGUUUUGUGAGGAUAUCGGCGUAGAACCUGAAAAUGUGGUGAUGCUUGUUCUCGCGUACAGGAUGAACGCUCGCCAAAUGGGGUUCUUCACACUGAGUGAAUGGCUCAGAGGCUUUACGGAGCUUCAGUGCGACUCGAUUAGUAAAAUACAACAGAAGCUCGAGUACCUAAGAAAUCAAUUAAAUGACCCAUACAUAUUUAAGGGGAUCUACAGAUAUGCUUACGAUUUUGCAAGAGACAAAGAUCAACGUAGUAUGGAUAUGGAAACGGCAAGAGUAAUGUUACAACUGCUUUUGGGAAAACAUUGGCCACUAUUUUCACAGUUUGCUCAGUUCCUAGAUCAAUCAAAGUACAAAGUGAUCAAUAAAGAUCAAUGGUGCAACAUAUUAGAAUUUUCACGUACAAUCAAUCAUGACUUAUCUAAUUAUGAUUUAGACGGAGCGUGGCCAGUAAUGCUUGACGAAUUUGUUGAGUGGUUAAAAAUUCAACGAGGCGAAGGAUCGUCAUCAACAGAAGUUAGAGGCAGCUGAAACAUCAUAAGAAUAGUCCAUUAAACUAAGAACAAUUUGUUUCUUUUUAUCAUAAUAUUCUGUAAUUAACGAAAUUUCUGUUUAUAAAUAUCAUAAUCUCGCAAUAUUUCCAUCAUUCAUAUUUUUUUUAUUACAAUUAAAUAAUAGUGAUGUAUUGUAAGUAGCUUUAUCUUAAUAUGAUUUACAAUAUCAUGUGUAUAAAUUCGGCUCAAGAUUUUUUCGAUCCAUUUUCUUACUUAUCGCUAUUUGAAUCCAAAAUUCGUCGCAGAAACUUGUGAUUAGAAAUAAAACUAUUUUGAUAUAAGAUUUACUUGUGCAAUUUAUAAAAAAUAAUUUGAGAUAUCAAAUUGAUGAAUAAGUAAGUUGGACUGAUGAUAUAGCAUUUUCCAAAAUUGAGUAACACUUGAUAAUUGCUAUUGACUCAUAAAUUGUAACAUUUUGCACAUUAUUGCGUUAUCGCAGAUGAAAUAUUUUUAUUACGCACUUCUCGAUACGUUGUUAGACAUAUUAUCUAAAUAAAUUGAUAAAGAACUACAUGCAACUUUCACAUUCCACGUCAUUGAAUUAAUAUCGAAAGUAUAUUUCUGUGAACCUUCUUGUGAUUUACAUAAUUUAUAAUUUUUCAGGAAAAUUCUGUUCAUAUUUCUAAUUUUUCGUGUACUCCUUACCUCGUCCAUCGUAAACCUUAUUGUAACGACACUCUACAAAAUUUAGGUAUUGUAUAAUAUUGUCAAUGCAAGAUAUUUAAUUAAAAAAGCGAAUAUGCGAAUAUCACUAAGUAGACUCAUUGGUGAAGUGAAACACUAUGCAGGUGCUACUACAACGUUUAAUACUCUACAAAGCAGUACCGUAAAGUGUCAAUAUCAUGCGCUAUUUAGUCAAAAUUAAGUAAUUCCUGUAAAUGCUAAAAUUAUGGGUGUAUGUUAGAAUAACGGACUCUUAUUAAAACAAUAUUUAUUAAGUACAUCUAUUUCCCCGAUAUCUUUCAAAUUUACUGAUAUCACAGACCGUGCUUCAUUAAUAAGGACGCAAAAUUUGUUAGCAAAAGAAAACUUGGUUUGUAAUUAUUUAUUUGCAAAAGCAUCCCUAUUAAUACGUCUUUGAUAUCAUUGUUUAGUCCAAUAAUCUUAACAAUCUGUACGCUAAAACUGAGCAUCUUUAUAAUUUUCGACGCUCGUUUUGCAUGACAAAAUUUGAUUAUCGAGAUCUUAACUCGUAUGGCACAGAGUAGUUUAUAACAUUUCUGCAGUAUUGCUGGAAUAUUGCAACGUUGCUGCAAGAUUGCUGAAAUAUUAUAUUGCAUUCUGUGCUGUAUGGGAAUAUCUUAGAAAACAUCGCCAAGAAUUUUGCGAAGUUUUCAUGAAACUCAUGUAUAUGAUAUAAUUAUAUAAGACAACUGUAUGUAAAAUAUAUUAAUUUGAUAAAGCGCUAACCAUUUUCAUUUAAUAAAUUUUACAAAACUGA